GAACAUGUUCUGUGUAUGGAGGACUUAUUUGGAGGGUACCGUCCAGGCCACCCAGUUCAGACUGGGCGCCUGCGAGAACUAUAAAGUUCAGGUUGCAGAUCCAGCCAAGAUGGCACGACUACAGAAGGAGCAGCAGCUCAGGAAGUGCAUUGAGCAGCUGACUGCGAUCCAGGCGGAGCUGCAGGACUCGGUGAAGGAGCUGACCAAGAGCAGGAAGAAGUAUCAGGAGGCUGAGACCAUGGCGCAGGCUGUCCGAGAAAAGACUGAACUCGAGACUAAGUCGAAGCUAAGUCUCUUCCAGUCGCGCUCCAGUCUCCAGAGAGCCAGUGUAAAGCUCAAAGCAAAAAGAAGUGAAUGCAACUCCAAAGCAACCCACGCCAGAAACGACUACCUUCUCACACUCGCAGCCUCCAACGCUCACCUGCAGCGGUACUACAGCACAGACCUCAUGAACUGCAUCAAGGUGUUAGACGGCCGAAUCUACGAGCAGGUUAAAGAUUACCUGGUGUCACUUUGUCAGACAGAGCUGGAAACGUACCAGGCUGUGCACAGCUCCUUCAGCCAGCUGCUGAACAGCUCCAACGGGAUCCUCCAGGACUUUCACCAGCAGAUGUUUGUGCAGAAGGUUCCUGUGUUUCAACAAGCUUUAGAUUUCCUGUAUCAACCUAUCGACUCAGACACGGUGAUGCAUCUGCAGAGAGAGAGCGGAACGGCCGAGGAACACAGUUUGGACAAGGAGGCGAGGAAGUGGGCGAGCCGCGUAGCACGAGAAUACAAAAGCAUCAUCCAUACACAGAGGGCCUUGGAGGAGUACGGGAACCAGGAGGCGUCUGAGCAGAGCAGCAGCGAGGUGGACGCCAAGAUGGAGGUGGCCAGGCAGAGUCUUCGGAGGGCAGAGACUGUGAAAGCAAAGGCCGAGGCCCGGCUGGACCUGCUGCGGCAGGCGGGAGUCGCCGUGGAAACGUGGCUGAAGAGUGCAAUGAACCAGGUUAUGGAGGAGCUGGAGAACGAACGCUGGAACAACCUCAGCUCCCAUGAUCCUUCACUCUCUGGAACGGCUGAUCUGGAGCGGGAGGAUGAGGAGAUGGAGGACAGCAGUGAGGUGUUGGAUGACAGCAGCUCCAGUCCUUCAAGCACCCUGAAAAACUAUCCGCUGACCUGCAAAGUGCUUUACUCCUACAAGGCGUCUCAGCCUGAUGAGCUGACCAUAGAGGAGCAGGAGAUCCUGGAGGUCAUCGAUGAUGGUGACAUGGAGGACUGGGUCAAGGCCAGGAACCGCAGUGGACAGGUUGGUUACGUCCCGGAGAAAUACCUGCAGCUUCCGUCCUCCAACAGCCUGCUGAGCAUGCUGCAGUCUCUGGCCUCGCUGGACGCCCGCUCCCAUUCCUCCAGCAACUCCACCGAACCUGAGACCGAGCUCUCAGCCAGCUCUGUCAACGGAGACUCUGGAGUGUCAUUUGCCAAGGCUCUGUACGACUACGCAGGACAGACGGACGAAGAGCUUUCGUUUCCUGAAGGCGCGAUCAUCCGUAUCCUGAGCAGAGAGACUCACGAGGAUGAUGGUUUCUGGGAGGGAGAGUUUAACGGCGUCGUCGGAGUGUUUCCUGCCGUUCUGGUGGAAGAUCUCACCGGCGUUAACGAAAACGGAGACGGACAGAAAGAAGGCAGCACACAAGCUUCUCCCUCCACCGCGCCUCUUUGCGAUCGCUCCCCCUGCAGUCCCUUUCAGUUGGCGCCGCUCCACAGCAGCCCGCUUCAGACGCCCACCACACCCUCCUCUGGAUCCGCUCCCUGCAGCGCCGCGACCUCUCCGGUCGGCCGGCCGCCCUCCUACCACAACGGACACCACCGGCCUCCUCCGGCGCCUCACAAGAGCCCGUAUCACAGUCCAGUUCAAGGAUCCUCUCAGCCUCCUAAAUAUCCAGAGGGCGGAGCUGGCAGCAUCAGACCUGUCCGUGCGGCUCCUCCUCCCCCAAAGCAGCAUCCUAGAGGCCAGGUGAAGCGUCGCGAGGAGGUGGAGAUCACGCUGGUGUGAAACCGGCCCAACAAGCACCCCCAAAGGAAACCCAGAGGACACUUAAAGGCCCCCUGAGGAGGCCUGGAGGAAGGAGAGGCCCCUGCGCUCAAAACCUCAUAGGAACGCGGUGCUUCAGAGGAUUAAUGUGCCUUUAUCGUCUGUUUUCCCCCGUUUGAUUUACAUCGUCCAAGAAAAUAGAGCUGAGUGCAGCCUCAGCUGUCUGAUCUGGAUCUUAAACAUCUAUGUUUCCCAAAAGAUUUCUUUCUCUUUGUGAAAAUGGGUAAAGCUGACAUAAAAAGGGAACACAUCAUCAGGGGUUCGGCGCCGUCGUUUGCACUUUAGAUAUUUUUAAAUCAAGCUGACUUCCAUGGAUGAUUAGCUCACCGUAAACACAGAAACGCAUCUAAAGCGGUCGGUUGGGAUGCUGCGUCUUCUCACUACGUAUUUUACUUCUAGAAAUAAUCUCCUGUUCUCAGAUCAGCCUGAUCUGAUCCAGAUUAGGAUGAGCUCUAUCAGAACGCUAACGUCCACCUAAACAGUUAAUUAAUGACAUUUAAACUUUAGAUUUAACCUCAAAAUUGUCUUUCAAGGUCAUAACUUUAUUUUAAACAUUUAAUCUCUUUGAUUUUUUUUAAUUACUUUUAAAAAUUACAUCCAUUCUUAGCAGAACUGCUCUUGAUUUGACUUAAAAACUCAGAAACAGGUUUUCCUCUUCUCACCAAGAAACUCAAGAUUAACUCGAUUAACUAAAAUUAAUUCACUGUUUGAUCACUUCUUGCCUUUAUAUUUAUUUGGUCUAAAAAAUAAACUAGGAAAUGAGUUGUUUUAUUGAUGUUUAGAGGUGCAUCAAUCAGGUUUUUUUAUGCCGAUUGCUUUAAUUUAACCGUUCUGAAGGGAUUUUUCAGCAGCUCUAAAUCUUUGCUCAGAGCAAUGGUUUUGAUCAUUGAUCAGUGACUGAGCCGCCGAGGUUUCAGCUCCCCGUUACGCCACAGAUCACCAGCAGUCAGCUCUCACGAUCAAAACUAAAAGCCUGUUGUCUCCACGCCUGAUCCCGACUCCAGCCUGGGCGAGGCCGGUCCUCUCCGCCUUCAAAACGCGUAGCUGAAAGCAGUUACACCAACAAGGGAAAAGUGGCAAUUCUGUUUGUUUUCUCAGUAGAAAUGAUUCAAAUGACCUUGUUUGUUUGUUUUUUUAAACCAUUAUCACUUUAGUUUGGAUCUAAGGAAACCAGUAGUGUAAACACACAGUGUAACGUUGUUGUUGUUUGUGUCUUAAUGUGCAGAUUCAUGUUUUUAUAUCAUUCAGGGUUCCUGCUCAGUCUAACAACACUCAGUGUUUCUCAUCUGGAAAUGGAUGGAAAUAAUCUCAGUAUUUCCAGACUUCUAUCCCUAAAUGUCGUCCCUCUAUCAGUGUGUCCUCCCAUUCCCACCUAUAUCCUUCAUUUCUCU